AUGCACUUCCGAGACAGCAAGAGGAAAGUGGACUACGUUUUAGCGUAUCACUACCGAAAGCGUGCGGCACACCAUGGUGGUGGCUCCCCUGGCCCCCUGCCUAGACCUGCCUCUUUGGCUGUUAUUUCCAAUGGGGAGACAGCCAAAAGCCACCCAGAACAGCAGCAGGAGGAGGCUCAUGGCCAGGAGGCACCCAGUCCAGAUGCCCGGGCGAUCGAUAUGGGUCCACUAGAUGUUCUGGAGGAAGCAAAACGAGAGCAAAGGGAGGAGUUUGAGCACAACCUGAUGGAAGCUGGUCUGGAAAUCGAAAAAGAUGUGGAGAAUAAGAGCCAGGGACUCAGCUUUGUCCGAAUACAUGCGCCAUGGAAUAUACUGAGCCGAGAGGCAGAGCUUCUUAAAAUAAAGAUGCCUACAAAAAAGACAUACGAAAUAAAAGAGGAAGGGGGAAUUGCCAAGAAACUGUCUGAAAUAUGGCACAGAUUUACAGAACCGUUGCAGCCCAAAGUGCCACAGCAAAACACCACCAAGAUGAAGCAUUUGUCUUACCCCUUUUCUAGAGAAAAAAUCUAUUUGUAUAACAUUCAGGACAAAGAUACAUUUUUUGACAACGCUACGCGCAGUCGAAUAGUACAUGAAAUUUUGAAGCGUACAUAUAGUACAAAAGCCAAAAACAGUAUGGGUAUUAACUCGUUAAUAGCAAAAAAUGUCUAUGAAACCGCCUAUCCCCUUCAUGAUGGUGAAUAUGAUGGUGGAAAUGAAGAUAUGAAUGAAAGAAAGUUGCUGUAUCGAGAAUGGGCACGAUAUGGAGCAUUUUACAAGUUUCAGCCUAUUGAUCUUGUAAGGAAGUAUUUUGGAGAAAAAAUUGGAAUGUAUUUUGCCUGGUUAGGUUUAUACACAGAAUUCCUUAUUCCGUCUUCUGUAGUUGGAAUCAUUGUCUUCCUGUAUGGAUGUAUGACAAUUGAAAGUGAUGUUCCCAGCAAGGAGAUGUGUGACCAACAUAAUGCCUUCACCAUGUGCCCUCUCUGUGACAAGACCUGUGACUACUGGAACCUCAGCACUGCCUGUGCCACCGCACGGGCGAGCCACUUAUUUGAUAACCCCGCCACCGUCUUCUUCUCCAUUUUCAUGGCUCUCUGGGCUACCAUGUUUCUUGAAAAUUGGAAACGUUUGCAGAUGAGACUGAGUUAUUUCUGGGAUUUAACGGGAUUAGAGGAGGAGGAAGAGCAUCCCAGACCAGAAUAUGAAGUCAAAGUUCUGCAGAAGAAAUCCACAACUGAAAACAGCAAACCAGAUGAAAAAGACAAACUGACCUGGAAAGAUCGUACCCCUGGCUACCUAGUAAACUUUGCAUCAAUCUUAUUUAUGAUUUCACUGACAUUUUCACUAGUCUUUGGCGUGAUUGUGUACCGGAUAACUACAGCGGCAGCUCUAUCGAUGAGCACCAACGAGUCCACCAAGUCAAAUGUCCGUGUGACAGUGACAGCCACUGCAGUCAUCAUUAAUCUUGUUGUGAUACUUAUCCUUGAUGAGAUUUAUGGAGUGGUUGCCAAGUGGCUGACAGAAAUGGAGAUACCGAAAACUGAGAAAUCUUUUGAGGAGAGGUUAAUUAUGAAGGCUUUCCUGCUGAAAUUUGUGAACUCCUAUGCACCCAUUUUUUACGUGGCCUUUUUUAAAGGAAGGUUUGUUGGUCGACCUGGCCGUUAUGUAUAUGUGUUUGACGGCUAUCGCAUGGAAGAGUGUGCUCCUGGAGGAUGCCUGAUGGAACUUUGCAUUCAGCUGAGCAUCAUCAUGCUGGGGAAGCAGCUGAUUCAAAACAACAUCUUUGAAAUUGGAGUCCCAAAAUUAAAGAAGCUUUUCCGGAAGCUAAAGGAUGAGCGAACUGAGACAAGGGAAAGCGAUUCUAACCCAUCCAAACCUCCACAGCAGUGGGAGCAAGAUUAUGUCUUGGAACCUUUCACUGGAUUGACACCAGAAUACAUGGAAAUGAUCAUCCAGUUUGGCUUUGUCACACUCUUCGUCGCCUCUUUUCCGUUGGCCCCUGUUUUUGCUCUGCUCAACAAUGUCAUCGAAGUCCGGCUGGAUGCCAAAAAGUUUGUCACUGAACUAAGAAGGCCAGAUGCGGUUAGAGCAAAAGAUAUUGGAAUUUGGUUUAACAUCUUGAGUGGCAUUGGAAAGUUUUCAGUCAUAAUAAAUGCCUUUGUCAUUUCUGUCACUUCUGAUUUCAUUCCACGCCUUGUCUAUCAGUAUGCAUACAGUAACAAUGGGACCAUGCAUGGCUUCACCAAUCACACGCUCUCAUACUUCAACAUCAGCCAUUUCAAGGCUGGAACCCAACCACAGAAUUCUUCUUUCGAACAGGAGGUAUCUUUUUGCAGAUUCAAAGAUUACAGAGAACCACCGUGGUCUGAAAAUCAGUAUGAAUUUUCUAAACAAUACUGGGCUGUUUUAUCUGCUCGUUUGGCUUUUGUCAUUAUUUUUCAGAACCUGGUGAUGUUCCUGAGCGUGCUUGUUGACUGGAUGAUCCCAGACAUCCCGAAGGAUAUCAGUGAGCAGAUCAAGAAGGAGAAGAGUGUGUUGGUCGAUUUCUUCUUGAAGGAAGAGCAUGAGAAACUCAAACUGAUAGAAAACUUUAUCAUGCGGGAUAAGGCAAAGAGCAGAAGUGAGACAAGAGGACGGAGGAACCGUGCAGCGAGUUUUUGCCAGUUCAGCCGAAGUCAACGAGGCAGCUUUACCUCCUUUAGCUCCCAGCACACAGAUGUGUGA